CAAAAUCCCCAACCUGUUUAGAACAAAAAAAAACCCUAAAUCUAAUCGUCUCCCUCACAUCACUCUCUCAGUCACCUCUCUCUCUCUCUCACCCUCUCGUUUAUCUCUGCACCGAUCUCGUUCAUCUCUGCACCGAUCACUCUGUCACUCUCUCGUUGUUCAUCUCAUCGAUUCGCACCGAUCAUCGCACCGCCGAUCUACUCACAGGUUGUGGGUUUCAAACAAAGCAAAGAUACAGAUUUGGGUGGUUCAGCAUGAAGCUCAAGUUGGUGGGAGGUGACUCUACUGGUGUUGUGACAGCUUAUUAUAUGUGCUCAGAGAACGGGGCGGGCCCAACGAGAGAUGAGUUGGAUAUUGAGUUUUUGGGGAAUAGAACAGGGCAGCCGUACCUCAUUCAGACCAACGUUUACAAGAAUGGAACUGGAAACCGAGAGAUGAGGCACCAGCUUUGGUUUGAUCCCACUGAGGACUUUCACUCCUAUUCUAUCCUCUGGAAUUCUCACCAGAUUCUGUAUUUGGUGCUCUAAGGACAACAAUGUUCAUAUUAGGAAUGAUUUCUGUAUUCAUAGGCAUUUCUUUCCAUUAGAGCUAUUAGAACUCCAAUAUUAGAGCUCUAAAGCAUUUAUAUCGUCUCCCUCUCAUCUUUCCUAACAACCAUAGAUCAUAAAUUAUUGCACAAAAAAUACAGAAAAUAAAAAAAAAAUUUAAUUUUUAGUGGACACCCUGUUUUUUUUAUUU